GAUAUUUUCCCAUCCCCUUGUGGAAGUAUAAGUUACCUACAUCUGGUUUGGAAAAAAUAGCUUUAAUUUUAUGGAAUUAACUAUAGUUAUUCUUUUGCGCCCAAAUGUGAUAUAUAAAAUGGUGGAAGAUUGAUAGAUAAGAUUCCGUCCCUUUCGAGAAUUCUGGAAUUCUAAAUUUAACAUAUAAAUAUAUUAAUAUAAAAUAUAUCAGCAUCUAGACAUGGCCCCUUUACUAACAUAUAUAUAACCCUCAACACAGUUUCCUUGUCCUCAUCAAAAAUCAACAAGCUCAUUGUGAAGAGCAGGCAUACAAACAAAUUUACACACACAAAAAAAAAACUAAAAACCUAGUUCAUAAACAAUCAUCAUCACAAUGUCUGGUGUGUGGGUGUUCAACAAGAACGGAGUGAUGAGGCUUGUUGAGAAUCCUUACAACCAAUCCUCCGGAGAUUCGUCGGACUCUACCUCCUCCGGUGGUAGCCAGCAGCAAAGGAUGAGGAGGAAGAUCCUUGUCCAUCUUCCGACCAGCGAGGUUGUCUCUUCGUACGGAUCUCUUGAGAGGAUCUUGAAGGGUCUUGGAUGGGAGAGGUACUACUAUGGAGACAACGCCGAUCAUCUCCUCCAGUUCCACAAGAAAACAUCCAUCGAUCUUAUCUCUCUCCCACGGGACUUCUCAAAGUUUAACUCUAUUCAUAUGUAUGAUAUCGUUGUCAAGAACCCUAACGUCUUCCAUGUCCGAGACAUGUAGUAGCCGAUCAUCAAAACUGAACUGGGUCAGUUUGAGUCUUGAUACUCUCCAAUCAUUCUCGCUGAUAUAUCUAUAUAUCAUGUAUAAAUUUGUUCGUGGUUUGUUUUAUUUUGUAUGUGUUUUGUGUUAGGUCUAUUUAUAGUGGUCUCAAGCUAGAGCCCUUCUAAUGACUUGACUUGUAUCAUUUUAUGAUUUUAAUGUAUUUGAAUGGUUGAUUUCAAAGUUGACCGUUAUAUAAGGCGAGACAUAUUUGUUUUGGUCAACGAUUAGCAUUCAAAUAAUAUGAUGUCUGGAAUAUAAGUAACUAAAUUAAAUAUACUUAUUAGAAAUUUGAUCUCUCAGGAGAUUUGAAAUACAAUAAUUAUAUACAUUAAUUCACUGUUUUGUAAUUAAAAAAUUGUAUACGGAUUAUUAAAUCAUAUUCCAUGAUAACAUAUUGUCACAAAAAGUGACUGUUAUAAAAACAUAAUUAACAAUAUGUUUCUAAAAAAAGUGAAAGAGCAAUAGAUACAUGAUUAAAUGCAUAUUAUGAUAUAAUAUAGAUACAGCCAUAAUGAAAUACAAUGAUAAUUUCAAGCAGGACGAAAUCUAAAGAGGGAAAGUAAAAAAGAUAUGCAAUUAGAGAAGGUCCCCCAAAGGUUUGGGAAGACAAUGGAUAAAAUGAUGGGCGCACGUGUUCUCUCAUACUUUUCUACCGAAUUUAGACAGCUGUCAGUUACUGAUUGCUCGUUUCUCUAUUUCAUCACAUAUUAGAAUGAUGGGCGCACGUGACACCAAGCCUUUUUUGUGGAAUCGGGGCACGUGUCGAUUCCCCACUGCCCAUUUCCCCCACAUUGUCACUUCCUUAUCCACUUCGAACAAACUUUCUUUCUUCUCCCAAAUAAUUUAGCACGAAUCCUUUUCGUCUAACACUGCCUAUGUUCGGUUUAUUACAUAUAAUUUGUUGAACUAACAUCAUUGGCCUAAGAUGCUUGACAGCUUCGUGUUUUUUUUGCCAUUGGAUAAGUAGUUUUCUGCUAAAAGAUUUUUCAGCAUUUGGAUUGUUCUAUAUCCCUAUUUGUGUAUUUGAGUGUUGAUCCCCAAAUCUUUUUACACAGCUACACCAAACAAUUGAACUGAUCAUAUAAGUUUUUUCCUUUCAAAUGCUUGAAUAUUACUCUUGUAUAUAUAUACGGAUCUCACACCCUAACCUAAACUGAUAUUGAAAACAUAUUUACUAACUAAACAUCAUAGUUAGUUUGCCAACACCUUUCUAUAGUAGUAAUUAAAGACAAAAAAGUAUUUAAUAAAGAAGUGACUGGACUUGGGGUAUAAUAAUCAAUGACCAUAUGCAUGCUCAUAUUUAGAGUGGUCUUUCAAGUCUUAAUUAACCGUUAGAGAUCGUAUUGGUCGAACCUUGCAAGAGUUAAAGUUCAAGAGUUAAGAAAAAAA